CCAAGCAUCUUAGCUUCUCUCAGUAACGCGGGGCGUGCAGUUCGUGGUGGAAACAGCAGCAUAACGCGCACAUCGAUCAUGAACCACCUGCCGGAUUCAGCCAAACGUGUCGUCCAAAGGGCGUGGGAGGCGGGAAGAUAUAUCGAGUCACAGUCCCCUCUGCUCGACCGGUCCCAACCUUGUCAUGAAUCUCCAUCCAACAGGCCCAGCCAAACCAGGAAUUUAUUAGCCAACUUCACCGUACCUCACUCACCAAGCUUGAAGCUCCUGACCCCGCAAAGAAGAAGAUGGCAGCAGACACAGACACAGCUGUAACCCUCCAAGCGCAGUGUCUCUGCAAGACCCAGACCUUCACCACCACCGUCCCACGCACCUCCCUCCCGCUGAAGGGUUCUUCCUGCCACUGCGACUCCUGCAGGCACGUCACCGGCGCCCUCCGCUCCGCCGACGCCACCUGGCCCGGCCCGGCCGCCGACAUCGUCGCCGCUGCCGCUAAUAAUGAUAGUGCCAACGGCGGCACGCUGAAACGGUAUCCGUUCUCUCCCCGAACCAAUGUCCUCUUCUGCGACAAGUGCGGCAGCAAGCUAUUCUGGGAGGAGGUCGGCCCGCCCCAGGCUUAUCAAGCCCAGUCCCAGUCUGGGGAGGGUGAGGAAGCAAACUACUGUGUCUUCACCGGCGCGCUAGGCGCCGCCGACAGCGACGGGAAGGAUGUUGGGGCCGGGGUGCGCGUGGUGCGGUGCGUGGACCACAUGUUUGUGGGUGACACGCGGGACGGCGGGGCGGUGUGUUGGCUGCGGCGGCUGAAUGGCGACAACGGGGAGGAGGAUGAGGAUGAUGCAGAGCCGGUGAAGGUGUGGUUGGGCGGGCGCGGGCGGAGCGAGGAGGUCCCCGCCGGCGGCGAGCAGCCGUGGCCUGCCGUCAAGGACCUGCCUGCGUAUGGGGAGGGUCUCAAAGCAGCAGGGGAGAAGGAAGGCAACGUGCCGAUCCGGUGCAAAUGCGGCGGGGUCGACUUGGUGCUGCGCGCGGGCGAGGCGCAGAGGGAGUGGGAGGCGCGGCACAAGAGCGGCGAGGCGCUGCCGUUCUUCGUGGACCCGGUCACGCACAAGUUCCUCGCCGGGCUGGACUGCUGCGACUCGUGCCGGAUCUGGGCCGGGUCCGAGAUGAUGAGCUGGACGUUUACCCUGCUCAAGCACAUCUCCUCUGCCGCCGCCGCCGCCGCCGAGGCGGGGGGGUUUCCCAGCAACACCACCGAGCUGAGGGCGGCGGUCGACGCCCGCGAUCCCAGGCUCGGCACGCUCAAGUACUACGCCAGCUCGCCGGAUGUCCAGCGGUACUUCUGCGGGCGAUGCUCCGCCGCGGUCUUCUAUGCCGUCGAUGACCGGCCCGACAUCGUGGACAUCGCUAUGGGCCUGCUAGCCUCGCCCGAUGGCGCCAGAGCCGAGAGCGUCACCUCGUGGGGGUGGGGCGGACAGUUCUCCUGGGAGAAGGACAUGGUCGGCACGUGGAGAGAGCGCAUGUUGCACGCAGUCAGGAAGGAGUCCGAGCAGUUCAGGAUUGACAGGGGUUACCCGAAGUGCUGGCUCAGGAAGGACUAGGCCGGGCAGGCGGGACAGGAGUAGAUCCAACCGAUGAUGCUGCCGGCCUUGUAUUCCGCGAGAGUCUAAAAUGAAGAAGAAAAAAACCAAGACGUUGACAUACUCUGGUAUUGAGACAAUCUCUAGGAGUUCGAGGCAAAAGUAGACGUCACCUCAGGG